CAAGACCACAAUAUAGAUCUGUGGUGCAGAGAGAAAGACAAGAAUCCGGGUUUUAAAAAACAAUAACGAACCUGUUCAAUUUAAUACAUAUAUAAGCGUACACUGGUUUGAAGAAAACCAGUGAACAAAUUCAUUUCGAAGAGUGAAUAAUCAGCGGAAUGAAAAAGUUACUUCUUUUCCUAGCGGCAUUUGUUGCAUUUGUCGCAGCCGAUAUUGAAAAGGACGGUAAAGAAUUCUUUAGGGGGGUACAUCGAAGAUGCCAAGAAGAUCCGAAGACGGGAGUUCCAGAAGAACAAGUCAAAAGACUGUACCAGGGCUUCUGGAAGGAUUGCCCCAAAUUAAAAAUACACAUGGUGUGCAUGUACAGAGGAUUUAAUUAUAUAGACCAACAUGGAAUUAUUAAUAAAGACCUUUUAAAAUCACAAUGGUCAACCCUAUACAACAAAGAAGAUUUUCAAAAACUUCUUAAAUGUUUGGUACAAAAAUGUAACACAACUGACACCGUAUGGGAUUUGGCAAGAUGUAAACAUGAUACUGUUGGAAGUGUCAUCGAAUUGGAAACAUUGUGGUAUGAUAAAGGAGGAAAUGACACUGGAAGAGUUGUAACUUGUAACUAACAGAAAUAACUUCUCAAUUUAUUUAUGAUAAUUUUUAUAUUAUAUCCUUUUUGCAAUGAU